UGUUAGGGUAGAGUUGAAACAUCAUGUUUUUGAUAAAUAUUUUAAACAAAUAAGUUACGAUUAAAAUAGUUAUAAUUGUGUGUGAUUGGUUAUAAUUAAUUUGAAUCAUAUAGGCCUAAUUCAUUGUUAUUUACUUUGCGAGAUUUGCCAACAGUAAAGCUUUGAGGUUAAUGAGGUUAGGGUUCUCUGAGUUAACUUCAUUGCAUUAAUAAUUACAAUUCUCUUUUGAGAUGGACUCUAAAACCAUAAAAAGUUCUUUGAAACAAGCUAAGGAAGCUAUUAGAAGCAAUGAGAUAGAAACAGCUCUAAAACUAUGCAAGGCGGUGCUGAAGGAAGAUAGAAAUAAUUAUCUGGGAUUGGUACUAUUUGGUGCGGCACUUCAAGAAUCGGAGCAGAAGGACCAGGCGCCUAAUGCCUACCGUAAAGCCGUUGAACUCUCCCCAGAGCAGCCUUUGGCUUGGCAAGGAUUGGCAAACUUUUACGAGAAAGAAGACAGCAAUAAAAAUGCAGAAUAUUUAGCACCUGUAUAUAAGCAAUUGCUACAAUUGGAGAGCGAUUCUGCGAAAUGGUUUGACAUAGUUAACAAACUGCAAGGUAUUGUAAACAAAUUUUCUAGUGAUGAUUUCAUGGUAGAAAUGGUAGCGGAGUACAAAAAGGUUGAAGAUAACAACAAGUCUGAAGCUAUUCGUAAAGUUAUUUUACAAUAUUUGUCAUAUGUUUAUGACAUACCGGAAAAAUAUAGCAGUUUGUACGAAGAAUUCUUCACCCAGUCACCAUCAGAAUUAGACAGCAAUCAACGUCAAUUGUAUAUUAAACUGUUGUACAACCAAAACAAAUACCAAGAGCUUUUAGCAUUCGCUGAGAAUAUAUCCAAUACUUGUGACGAUGCGAGAGUCAUAGAAUUGAUUUGCAGAGUUUGCUCAGAACAAUUUGUUGAAAACCGAAGCGAUGUUGUUGAGUGGUGCAAAAAAUUGCUUCAGUAUGUUACCAAGCUCGUAGAACUUGAGAAGGACAAUGUCUAUGCGCUCAUGGCUCAAGGAACCUACCAUAUGGCCCAGAAUGCUUUUCUAGAAGCGAGGGAUUGUCUUCAACAAUAUGUGUCUGCUAACCCCAGCGCGUACCACGCAGUAGUCCUACUUGCAGAGGCCUACACACAGCUGUUGUGUAGAGACAAAGCGAUGCAAUAUGUGAAAAUGUCCGUAGAACUACGGCCUGAACACCCUGCGGCUCUGGGGGUCCUGGCCAAGGUCCUGUCUACGUCCGAGAGAGAGAAGGACUGGCCUAGAGCUGUCACUCUUGCAUCACAGGUGCUGAAGAACCACCAAUCACCUCUAGCAGCUGAAGCACUGUGUGAGACUCAUCUGAGACUGAAGCAGUGGUCUGAUCUGUCGUCUGCUGUGACACACCUGUCACACGCACCUGGGUUGGCAGCACUGUACCAGCUGGAGACCCAGGUGGAGGGGGGUGAUCUGCUACCCUUACUGUUAGACAACACUCCUGACUGUCCCGAGGCUUGGUACCGCCUGGGCUGUCUACACCAGAACAAGGGAGACUUGCAACUGGCUUGCACCGCGUUUCUCAAGUGUGCCAAGCUCGCCCCCCAUUGGUACACCGCAUAUCUGCAGCUGGGCCAUAUAUAUGCUCAAGACACUACGAUGAUGGACAAGGCGAGGCGAUGCUAUCAACGUGCUCUUGUGCUCAACCCUGCUCAUGUACCGACUCAACGAGCCCUCAGUGAUGCCUACAGGGCGCUUGGGGAUGCGAAGAGCAACCUAGAGCUGCUACAGAGUGUGUGUCAGACAGGAGAAGGUCGCUGGGCUUGGCCUAGACUAGGACUGCAACACUCAGACCUUGGAGACACAACCGCUGCCAUUAGCUGUCUGAGGACUGCUCUCAAGUCAGAUCCUGACGACAGUCAUCUGUGGGAGGCGCUGGCAGACGCAUACCUAGCUAGAGGUGCCAACGGAUCAGCCCUCAAGUCCUACCAAAGGGUCCUGGACUUACGACCAGGGGCAUUCUAUCCUGCUUUGAAAAUUGCCACCAUCAAACAAAUAACAGAUCUACCGCAUGAAAGUCUACUAGAGUUCCGAGAGUUGGUGAGGGAGAGACCCACCUCUAUCUUGGCGUUGAAGGGUCUCUGUGACACGUGUUUGUGUUUAGCCAAGGACUUCCUGCGUCAGAGACUGCUAGGACUGGCUAGAGAUAGGCUGCAAGAAGGUCUGGACGCCAUGGGAAGUGCCAUCCAAGAGAGACCAGACAUAGCUUGUCUAUGGCAGCUGGCAGCCGAGUGUAUGACUACGGUAGCCAUCUUGCCUGGGUCUUGGAACUCUCUCUCGCUGCCGGAAGUUCUCUCUCCUAAAGUCAAGACUCUCCAAGGGUUGCAACUGUUGGAGUUGGGGGCUCGAUUCUUUUGUCGCAGUCUAAAGCUGAUCAAAAACGCUAACACAGCCAGAGUUUGGCAUUGUCUUGCUCUUAACUAUCGUUAUCAGGCUAUGUUAACUCCGGUCGGAACAGACGACAGGAAGACUCUGUGUCAGAAAGCGUCAGCAGCAGUAAGAGAAGCGGUAAAGUGCAAUCCGCGUGGUUGGGAACACUGGAACCUUCUUGGAGUCAUUGCAGCGUUGCCAGAGGUGAAGAACUACCGCUUGGCUCAGCAUGCAUUCAUCAAAGCUACGAUGGCCGAUGAGUCCGUGGCAGUUCCGUGGGCCAACCUGGGCGCCUUGUAUCUCACGCUGGGCCGGGCUCAGCUGGCCAACAUGGCGUUUGGAGCUGGCCAGCGGACCGACCCUGAGUACUGCCCUAGCUGGCUGGGACAGGCGCUGAUAGCAGAAGAUGUGAAGCACCAAGAGACGAACGAGCUGUUUCGCCACACUACGCAGCUCGGAUUCAACGCAGAGUCUUGUGUGGGCUACGCAGAACAUGUGUGUCGUAUUCUGCAGAACAGGGAGUACAAGAAGGAUCGUAACUCUAUGUACUUCAUUGAGAAGAUGCACGCCGUGCCUCUUGCUGUUGACGUUCUCACGUGGGCUACAGAUGAAGUAGAGAACGAUGCUUGCGGACUAAACAUGCUAGGCUGUCUGUUGGAGAGACAAGGCUUGUAUGGUCCUGCUGUCCAAGCACUCAGUAGAGCUGUGAAACAUGUCUCGGCUGACCACAAGGAUAAGGUGAUGGCUAACUUUGCCCGAGUACUACUCAAGGCUGGCAAGACGGAAGAUGCAGUGCAGGUUUACCGAGGAAUUGGCAAGUUCGACAUUCAUUCUCAGUGUGGUCUUUCCCUAGCUCUUUACAAAGGCAAGCAAUACCAGGAGGCUUAUGAGGCGUACGAAGCUGCACUGAACUGGUGGGCUGCGGACGACGAGACCAAGGCACAUUUACAUGUCGCGCUGGCGGCUGUCGUCUACAAACUGGCCGGGCCUGACAAAGCUAAAGCUUUGCUGCUUCAAGGUAAUCAAUUAAAGCCACAAUCUGUAUAUGGAUUGUUUGCCGCUUGUUCCCUGGGAAUGCUCAAAGGAGACAUGGAAUUGAGCAAGUUGAUGCUGAAGGAAAUGCUCAAAUACCAGAACGAAGAGCAUUAUACUUCACAUGUUGCUCUGUUUCAAGCUUACAUCAAGUUUAUUCAGGGUGACGUUGCUGGCUCGGUGAGCAGUAUGAGUAAGGCUCUCCAUCAGCAGCCUCAGCAACCUGCGUUAUGGCUGCAUCUCACACUUCUGAUACUACAGAAGCACAGUGUUAGUGCUGACCCUCUGCGCAGGUUGAGUGGUGCCGCGCGGUGCGCUCAAACCGCCAUCACACUCGGUCACUCCUACAUGGACGUGUCUAAGGUGAUGGCGUUGGUCAGUUUAAGCUAUCUGCAAGGAGGGGACGUUCCCAGAGCUCUUGUCGCAAGUAAGCGAGCCGUCCACUUAUACCCUCACAUUGGCGAGGCCUGGGCUGUCUUGGCUGCGUCUUGCUGCGCUGCGCGCCUCGACACUCCGCUACGACCAAUCAUCUCACACGCACGACAAAACACCGAGCUUGAACGUCCACUCGCUAAGUGGAUGAGCAACUUUGAACGGAAACUCGCAAUUUCUGCUUCAAGUUGAAAUCCAAAUAUGGUUUUGAUAUAAGAUUUUUUUAACUUUUUUAUAAAUCUUAAUUUAAUGUAAUUUGUU